CUUGGGUAUCACCGCGGAAUUUUUUUAAAAUUCCCUGCAGUACCUAGUCGCCACUGUGUUGAACAAUACCUAGAAUUAAAAGUUUAAAAUUAUAACUUAAAGAACGUUCUUAUACAAUUGUACAAUCAUGACUAAAAGUUACAUAGAAAUCAAAAAGGAAAGUUUGAGUGAUGCAAAGAAAAAUUUCAAAUAUGAUCUCAUUGAAGAGGUGGAAUGUGGCAGAAGUUGUACCCCAAAAUAUAGGAAAAAGUUACUAUUUAAAGUUUCAUUUGCCGCCUUUCAACUAAUACUAUUAUUCUUUUUCCUCAUCUUCAUUUGUUUCCCAUUGACAUACAAAUUCUGUUAUUCCUUACAAAGAGCUGCCGUAUUCCUAAACUUCAAGAACAUUCCCUUAAAUCCCGACUAUCAUCACCCUGCCAAAUACGGCCUGGAGGGCACUCGCAACUACUACGUCACCACGGACGAUGACGUCAAAUUGGGCGUUUGGCAGCUGCUUCCAGAACAGGAAGUCGGCAACUACGAAAACAGUUCGUUCGACGAUGAACAGUUCCAAAAUCUUCUGUCGGACGGGAAGAACGUCAUCAUCUAUAACCAUGGCAACGGAGGAUGCAGACUCACCGAUCACCGGAUUCAGCUUUAUAAAGUUUUAAGGCAACAGUUCCAUGUUAUCGCAUACGAUUACAGAAAUUAUGGAGAUUCGUCAGAUAGAGAAUUAUCAGAGGACAAUGUUGUUCAAGACAUAAUGUACAUGAUUAAAUGGGUAAAAUCUAAAGCAAAAGGACAUGUUUUUGUAUGGGGUCAUUCUCUGGGCACAAGUCUUUCCACCCAGGCUUUGGCCAGGCUUCAAACCUCAGGAACUAGGGUGACUGGUUUAAUACUUGAAAGUCCAUUUAAUAAUAUGAGGGAGGAAAUAAGCGAGUUUCCUUUGACCAGGUGGUUUAAACAUUUGCCUUGGUUUGCAUUUACUGUAGUGGAUCCCAUGCAAGAAAAUAACUUUUUAUUCAAAACAGACGUUCAUAUUUGCCACGUUGAUUUACCGAUUAUUAUUCUUCAUGCUGAAGAUGACAAUGUAGUGCCAUAUAGAUUAGGAUAUAAAUUAUAUGAGGCAGCUUUAAAAUGUAAAUCAGAAAAAGAUGGUUCAAUUCAAUUUAAAAGCUUUGAGGAAAAUUUACACUAUGGACAUAAAUACAUAUACAAAGAUGAGAGACUCCCAAAUAUUAUUAGCAACUUCGUUUUAGAAGCCAUAAAAGAAACUCGAAAAAAAUCAAAGAACUAAAUUGAGCCAAACUGAUUUCCAAAGCAAUAUAACAUUCUGUCAAAUAAAUUUUAUUUAUCAUGUAUUUAUAUAUUAUAAGUACUAAAGGAUUUUUUUUAAAAAAGUAUUUAAAUUUUUAUCAGAAUGUAAUUCUACGCAAUGUUAAUUAAUUCUGUCAAUAUUUAAGAAUUAUGUGAUGAUGUAAUGGUAAAUUACACUGUGAUGGAUUUUAUUUUAUUUAAUAGUUAUUUAUUAUAUCAACCAGUUUUCAGAUAUACUGUAUGGUAUGUAAUAUUAGGGUGAUUCGUUUUAAAGGAACAUUUAUUUUUUGUCGCUCCCCAAGCAAAAUGUUGAUGUACGUAUUGAGAACAAAAUGCCCUUAAUCUUACUCCUAAGUAAUUUUGUUUUUAAAGUUUUCCCAUUAAAAUAACAUAAAAUUAUAGAUUUUUUUCAAUUUCCUAUAGUUUGGCGGUAUUUUACGCUACAAUUUACAUAGGUGCGAUUUGUACAUACCUAAUUAGAUGCUCUUCAAAAGUACUUGCAACAAUUUUUAUACAACCUAUAUUUUUUACCUGUACCUAUAAGUUAAUAAAGUCAUAUUUUUAUUAAAAAAACAGUAUUGCCUAUUACGGCAAAACGGUUAAAUAAAAAUUUUCUAUAAAAAAGAUUAUAUGCAUUAAUUCAGUAGAAUGCAUAGUUUAAAACAUAUAGAGCAUUUAAUAAAUGUAAAAUUUUCUAUUGAAUUUUUUUUUACACUUUACCUGUAACUUUAACCGUUUUGCCGUUAAACAACAUAGGACUAAUUA